AUGGAAAAUAGCUACGAGGAUGCAUUGGAGUUACAACUGGAGACGCCCAAAAUGCAGAUUCAGCUAUCGAAUAACAGCUUAGCUGACUUUCGAAUUCUUGGAAGAUUUACUGAAAAUACAUUAAUUGUAGUCUAUAUACAGACCUAUCCACUGGACGCUCUAGUGGCGGACUUCUUGCCACGCCUUUUGUGGCUGCUACAUGAGCUUCACAUUGUUUUUAUAACUAAAGAAGAUCCCCGCAUCUGGCAAAAUGACCUCUACAGCUACUGCUUUCAGAAUGGGUUUAUUAAUGUCCUACUCAUUCAACAACUGCACCAGGAAUUGGCGCUUCAUAGCUACAAUCCAUAUCCUACAAUUCGAGCAUUGCGAUUGCCGCUGCUUGAGGAUUACCUGAAUAGGUGGCGCCAGCUGCAGAAUCUCCAACAAUAUCCGAUUCGGACAAUUUUAUUCACGGUCGAGCCUCGUAUUUUUCAAUACGUAAAUCGCAAAGGAAAGCUUGUGUAUGGCGGCUAUAUGUAUAACGCGCUUAAGGAGUUUACACACCGGCACAAUUUAACGAUUGAAAUAGUAACGAAAGUUACCAAUGAAAUCUUAUACAUAACUGCUACUACUUUGUUGGCAAACCACAGCGUUGACAUUAUUUGUUAUGUCAAAGACCCACAGUUGAACCAAACAGCGACUGCACCUGUCCAUCUGAAUCCGUUUUACAUAGCAGUGCCCUAUGCCCAGCCAAUUGCGAGAUACUUGUACUUUGCGCGCCCUUUCACUUGGAGUCUAUGGAUCGGAGUAAUUGUAACCAUUGUCUACGGCAUGCUGAUGCUUUAUGCUAGUAAUGGAAAUAGAGGCUCCGAAAUUGGAAAACACUUCCUAAGCAGCUGGUGCAAUUUGCUGUUUAUCGCGCAGCCAAUGAUCAGCUUCGCCAACUGGCAACAGGUUGUGAUCCAUUUUAUACUGUUGCUGAGUGGAUUUAUAUUGACAAAUUUUUACCUGGCACUGCUUUCAAGCAUGCUAACAUCGGGUCUGUUCGAGCCGCAAUACAAUACUCUACAGGAUUUGGCACGUUCUCCCUACCCAAUGCUCCUAGAUAAGUACUACGCUGAUUAUAUCAAGCUGUCAAUUUUCUUGCCAGAAAUCGUCAGACGCCGCAUAAUCGUAGUUGAACCGCAGAUUCUGGAAUCCACACGCAUAUCUCUGAACACAAGCUAUAUGUAUACUGGAUAUAGCGAUCGCUUGGAUGGUAUUCUAUUCCAGCAGCACCUGCUGAAAGUACCGCUCUUCAAGAUGACAUCACAGAGUCUUAUGGAUGGCUUUAUGUCCUUUCCAGUGGUCGACGGACUGCCCUACCUAAAUAUGUUGAAUGCCUAUCUGAGACGGAUUUUUGAGUACGGCAUAUUAACAAAGAUGAGGAUCGAUGCAUGGCUCGAGUUACUCGAAGGUGGUAUAACGAAAUUUAUUGCGAGUGACAGGAUUGAGCAGAAGCCAUACGAUUUGGAAUUUUAUUACAAUGCGUUUGCGUUGUGGAGUGCGGGCUUGGUGUUGGCCACACUCUGCUUCCUGCUGGAGUUCGUGAGGAGUCGCAUGACUAAUCAAUUUCAAUUGUAA